AUGCUGCACUACUGGGACCAGACGGCAAAAAAUAGCAGCUGGGGACCCAAAAGAACACAGGAAAAUGCCUCGAUGGUGUCUGCUCACACACUCCUCUUUUCCCUGUAUUACCAGCAUGUGCAAAUUCCUUUCGAGAUCACACUCUGGAUUAUGUUAGCCUCUCUGGCAAAGAUAGGAUUUCACCUCUAUAAUAAGUUACCUGCAGUUGUACCUGAAAGCUGCCUCUUGAUAUUUGUAGGUCUCAUCAUGGGAGGACUAAUUUACAGUUUAAAUGACAAAUCCCCACCAGUCAUAAACAGUGAAAUAUUUUUCUUGUAUUUACUUCCACCAAUAGUCCUUGAUGCAGGAUAUUUUAUGCCUAGUUGGCCAUUUUUUGAAAACAUAGGGACCAUUCUGUCAUAUGCUGUAGUUGGAACCAUGUGGAAUGCAUUUGGGAUAGGCCUUUUCCUCUAUGGCAUAUGUCAGGUGAAGUACUUCAAACUUCAAGAUGUGUCAUUGCUCCAUAACUUUUGGUUUGGUAGUUUGAUUGCUGCAGUAGAUCCUGUGGCUGUACUCUCUGUAUUUGAAGAAAUUCAUGUGAAUGGAAAGCUUCAUAUUUUGGUGUUUGGAGAAUCCCUCCUUAAUGAUGCUGUUACUGUUGUGCUCUAUAAGUUGUUCAAAUCUUUCUCUGAAAUGCCAUCUAUCAAACCAUUGGAUAUUUUGGCUGGGAUAGGGAAAUAUUUUUUGGUUGGAAUAGGAGGCAUUUUCACUGGGCUCCUGUUUGGCAUGGUUGCUGCCUUUACCACACACUUUACUAAGACCAGCUGGGUCAUCAAACUUCUCUUUAUCUUCUUAUAUAGCUAUCUCUCCUACCUGACAGCUGAAAUGUUCCAUCUCUCAGGGAUUGUGGCAUAAGGGAUGGCCAUUCAUCCUCUUGUUGACUUAUUAGAUGUGACUAGAAGAGAGACUUCUCCAACUGUGAGCAAACAAAUUCUCAUUCGGUUAUUUGAUCAUUUGCUGGCUGGCAUAGAAGACAUAUCGGGACACUGGGGACAAUAUUACUGGAAAGACAAGUGA